GGCUAUGUGGGCUCUGUGGAUUCCAGCGCAACCACUACACUAGAGACGCCAGCCACAUGAUCUGCAUUGGAACGUGCACCGUCAAGCUGUCGUCGACCGUCUCUCCGACAAUCAAAAUCAGCUGUCCUUCCCACAGCCCACAGCCCAACGCAUCUUUCCGAACCGCAAGUUUCAAACUAUCUGAUAUGAAGACGAACCUUCGAAUUCGUCUUAAAAGGGAUACGCAUAGCUGAAGGACUGGAAAUAACUGCUCCUCUUUUUUUUUUUUUUUUGUUUCUUUUCUCUUCCUCUCUACCCCCGGGUCCUCAAUCGCCAUGACGCGCCCGAUUGUCUAUUCCGUCGCCCUCGGCGUCUUUGUGUGUACAACGAUUAUGACUAUAGUGUCCAUCUUGACGCCGCAUUGGGUCACGUAUUCCGUCACAGCAGAUACGGGCUCGACGUUUAAGAAAUACAUUGGACUUCAUCAGAGCUGCUCCUCCGUCGAUGAUCCCUCGUGCCGACCCUUCCCUAACGAUGAUGAUUGCCGCGACGACCAGUUCUUCUGCUCCAUGUGGAGGAGCAGCGGAUUCCUCAUAUCAUUUGCCACCAUCGUCGAGCUCGCAACCCUUAUCAGUUUCCUCGUCGUGAUGGCCGGCGGCAAGUACAAGCGCGAGACGGGCUGGAAGUUGAUCGGCUGCCUUUUGCUUGCUGACGCCGCCGUCGAGUUUGCCAGUAUGGGUAUCGUGGCCUAUCUCUUCGACACUGAUUCCCAAUUCAUCAUUCCUGGCUGGUCCCUGGGUUGGUCUUGGAUCCUGUGCACUAUCAGCGCAUCCGUAUCUGUUCUGAUUGCGUCGAGUCUGGCUGCCUCUGCCUGGUUACUGCCGCCCGAAGACGACUACGAAUAUCUCGAGGAUCCAAUCGACGCCUAAAAAAUGAAACGGUUUAGGAUAUGUCAGAAUAUCCUAUAAAUAGCG